AUGGGUGGCGAGAAGAUCAAUAAAAUUCGGAACGAAGAGUUCAAAAUAUGGAAGAAGGCGGUGCCCUCUCUGUAUCACCACAUAUCGACCUUCAAACCUCCAUACACAACUUAUUUCGAAAGUGUUGAGAAAAUCCCAAAAGCCGUUGCCUUCACUCACAAGAUAGCUCCACACAAGGAGAGCGGUACGAUGGCAGCGUCCAUGCUGUGUUCGCAGGGUAGUGACAUCUACGAAAUUGAAUUUCAAUUGCCAUUGGGGUUGCAUGCCCCGAACGAGAACUUGAAGGACCCACAAUAUGGGGCUUCUUUUGCAAAAGUAGUGAACAAUGGCAAAUUGGAGCCCAAAUGGACAUACCAGGGCGAAACCGUGACCAAAAUUGAGUACGUCGGUGGCUCUCUAGCGGAUGCCGUGGUGAUGACUGCAAGCGGGUCUCUAGCGUGGUUCAAAGAGGAUUGCAAGGUGCCCGUGUUUGUCAUGGAAGAGCUGAGGGGACCAUCAACCAGUUUUUCGAGAAUCCAUGAUCAAGGCCAGUCCCUUGCCGUAAAUGUAGAUUUUGCCGUUUCUGAAAACGUGGAGACGUUGGUGAAGUCGCAACAGAGCAUGGCGUCAGGUCAACAAGACGAGCACAGUCUCCUGAAGGUAGUCGACAACGCGCAAACCCCUGGUCGCCCUAUCAGGACCAUUCCCGUUCCCAGAACCUCGGUCACUCAGGCCAUACGGUUUCUUGACAACCACAUGUUCUGUACCCUUUCAGAUGACAGCACAAUAAGAUUUUACGACCUUAGAGGAGACGGCAAGCCACUUUGGUCGAUGGCCGAUCCUCAUGACGGUAAAUUACUGUGCUUGGACGUCUCGCCAAUGAUAGAGAGCAUGUUUAUUACUGGUUCUGACACCGGCACUCUGAAAUUGUGGGAUUUAAGAACUAUAAUUGCCUGCAUUGAGAAUAAAGAGGAGCCUAUAGAGAUUGCCAAAGUUUUUCACUCAGCGGCAGACCCCGUGGUGGACGUGAAAUUUGGCAUUUCGUCGCCAGCAGAAAUACUUUCCGUUGGUGUCUCUGGAAAUGUGUACCAUUGGGACUUGGAGCCGAUCUUUUUGCAAGAGAAUGCGGAAGGCGACGAGAUAAUGGACGCGGAAGAGCUACAGCAGCAAUGCCUGAGGUUUAUCCACACCGGAGGUGGAAGAAGACAGGCAGAAUUCUACAGCCAACGUGAAACGGUUGCCUGGCACCCACUUAUCAGUGGUGUGGUAGGCUGUGUUGAUCCCGAUGGCCUUUUGACAGUAUACAAAGGAUUUUUGGGCAAAGAGGCUGAUUCUGGUUCCGUUAGCGAGAACGAGGGAGAUGCGCAGGUUUGA